GAUGCAGAAGCAAAGGAUAUUGUAGUUUUUUCUUCAGAGAGGCAACCAUGCAACUGACUGGCUUCCUCUGCGUGGUACUCUGGUCUGUCAGUGCCGUCGUACUGGCCGAUCAUCACCAGCCAUGCCGUCCUCCCCCACAAAUGCAUGGAACUCUGUGGGUGACCGCGUCUAAAGGGGCCCCUUCUUCUGUUGGGGAAUUCAACUACGACUCUCAAGCCAGAAAGCUCCACUUCAAAGAUGACGAGCUCCACGUCAACAAAACUGACCAUCUGGAGAUGCUGAUUUUCUUUGAAGAGGGCUUCUUCUAUGAUAUUGACAGUCACAACCAGACAUGUCACAAAAAGCCCCUUCAGUCAACUUACCACUGUCUGGACAUACCUGCCAAUGCCACCCAUGUGACAGAAGCCUACCUGGGCAGCGAGUUCGUUGGGGAGCAGGGCGUUCGCAUGAGGAAGUGGAGGAAGAGAGUCCCUGAGUUAGAAGGUGUUGUGACGGUGGCCACGACGUCCUGUGGCUGCAUCACGCUGUCUGCCACGCUGUUUACAGACAACAACGACGUCCUGGUGUUCAAUUUUCUAGAUGUGGAGACGGAGGUGAAGAACCCACAGAUCUUUGUGCCACCCUCCUUCUGUGAUGGGGUGACCUUGGAGGAAGAAACUGACACCUUCUUUGGUCUGUUUCAGACUGUUAUGCAACAUCAUCCCACUGUGGUUCACAAAGGAGCUGGUGGUGGAGGUGGUGGAGGUGGUGGAGGUGGUGGGGUUAUGAGUAUAAGAGGUGGAGAGCGUGACCCGCUCCCUUCUAAACUGGAGCUCAGUUACGAGGGCAACAUGUCUAAGGUGGGAUUUCUCUGUGUGGUAUCUUGCUGCAUCAUUGUUGUGGUUUUUGCUGAAAGUAAACAGCCAUGCCAGCCGCCACCACUAACAAGUGGGCAACUUUGGGUGACUGCUGCUAAGGGGUUGGAGGCAGGAGGUGGGCCCUUCAGCUAUGAUUCUGUAGGGAAACGACUCCGAUUCACAGACAACGAGGCACUCCUCAUGAAGAAGGCCAAAUACCUAGAUGUCCUGUUUCUAUUUGAAGAGGGCAUUUUCUAUGAGAUCGACAGCAAAACCAGCACUUGCAAGAAAAGGUCUUUACAGUUACCACUUCACCCAAUGGAGGUCCAACCAAACAUGACCAGCGUGGGAGAAAUGUACCUGGGCAGCAGGGUGGACAGUGGCCAGGGGAUCAAUAUGAACAACUGGUUCAUGAUGUCACGGCAGCUUAAUGGUGUGUUGGUAGUUACCACCAGCACUGUCGGCUGCCUCACACUUAGUUCGGUGUUGUUCACUCAGUCAAAGGACCUGCUUAUAUUAAGUUUGCUUGAGGUUGUUAAAGACGUGAAGGACCCACAGGUGUUUGUGCCUCCAACAUUCUGUGAUGGUGUGCCUUUGGAACCAGAAGGAAAUACCUUUUUCGGGGUCUUCUUAAACCAAGCACACAUUUCAUGAAGCCCUUCUAGGCUCUGUGAAGCAUGUACUGUAGAUAGAGUCUCUUUUUGGUUGAUAGUAUGUUUGCUGUCUGAUAUAACCAUUUGCUAAAUACCACCUUUAUGUCAAAAGUUUCAUAUUAAUUUCUAAUGCUUAUAAGAAUUGCAUUGAUGUGCUGAUUAAUAUCUGUAAAAGAAAUUAAUAUACAACUGCUUUCUGUAAGUUUGAAAAUCUACAUACUACUCCUUUCAUUCCAAUGAAAACUGUGAAACUUGACAAUAAAAAGGAUUUUUUUUUUUCGUCAGAGUG